UAACAUAUGAAGAACGUCAGUGAUGAUGAAUGUGGCAUGUAAAAUUACGCCCAUUGUUGACCAAAAGCAACGAUUCGUGACGAAACAGGCUUAAACUAAGAUAGCGAGAUCAUAUACCGCACGGCACAAAUAAUUUGUUUAUAGGGAAAUGGAGGACAGAGGGUUGACCUAACCGCACACAAGAAACACUCCUGAUUGCUCUUCCCCAUGAGUGUCUAGGUAGGUAUUUGAAUUCGUGGGCCUUUAGUCUCUCAUAUUAGUAAAUAAGCAACAAUCAUGGCGCAUUCAACAAUCCUGGCGUGUGUUCACAUUCUGGCACUCGCCAUACGACCUUCUCUUGCUGCCCCCUUCGUGUCCGAUGCAACUACUACUUACUCCUCCGACGCAUCUACUACAGUCUCGGACGUCCCCGUUACAGAUGUGACUUCUCACGGUCGGUACACGGGCCCGUCGGCUUCCACUACAGGCGCUCUCUCUACGAAUGUUGCUGCCGCGACCAUCGGGGCAAGCCCACCAGAGGCGUACAAGUUGGAAUAUCCAGCGGAUGGAAAGCUCCACAAUGAACAGCCUGCGCCUUAUACCCCCAAAGGUGGUCUUGGGACCAACGGAUCCGAACCAGUGUACCGAGUAAUAAGCGACUUCGACUACGAGUCCGUCGCUUUGGCGUUAUACCAAGAAUAUAUUGAGCUGGAUCUCUUUCAUUGGGGGUUGGCUCAAUUUUCCGUCGACGACUUCGAAGCUGCCGGACUCGGCGCUGAGGAUCGAUAUCUCAUCGAGUUCAUGGCCGACCAAGAGGUUGGCCAUGCUACUGCUUUGACGAACAUGCUUGGCCCAGAAGCGCCAGUACAGUGUUCUUACAACUACCCAGUUUCGGACGUCCGAGAAUUCAUCGAUUUUAACCAGAAACUGACGAGAUGGGGAGAAUCUGGGGUCCUAGGAUUCAUCAACCACCUAGAUUCCCGCGAAACGGCGCAGAUACUCUUGCAAUCUAUCACCACGGAAUCGCGGCAGCAGAUGAUCUUUCGCCAGUUCGAGGGCCUCUUUCCGAUGCCAGUUUGGUUCGAGGUUGGAAUCCCCCAAUCCUGGGCCUGGAGUCUCUUGGCCCCUUACAUCUCGUCGUGCCCGUAUAACCAAACUCGCCUGAUCUGGCAGAACUUCCCUCCACUGCGCAUAUUCAAUCAGCCUAACCCGGCUCGUAUUAACGGAUCUGAUGUCUGGAACGAAACGACGAGCGCGUAUGCAAACUCACUUAGUACUGAGGAUAUAGCCACAUCGGAGAGCUGCCUGAACGCCACGCUCGGUGAGAAUUGCAGCCCGGCUGUCACUCACAAUAGAAGCGUUCCAUUGUCGUAUCCAGGCCGCCAAGUCUUCCUCAGUUGGGAUCCUCCAGGAUAUCGUACCGGUCCUAAUAACAGUUAUACCACCAGCACGAAUGCCGGGAGUGCCAAGUUCGCCGCCUGGGUCUCCCAGCUCAACGUAACUUAUACCCCGCUACAUUGCACUGGAGAUAACACGGCGUACACAUUUCAGCCAAACACUACCACGUUCGAAGGCGAUCCCGCCGUCAACGGCACCGUCUUCUUAGCCAUUACGGACCUAGAUCUCUACGUGACGCCGUUUAACAUUUCAUUGAUGAAUCCACACGUCAAUGCGCUAGCUAUAUACCAGGCCGGCUGAAUGCCAGGCCACCCCCAGGGGCUAUAGGCGGAAAAUGUUGCGUGGCCGGUUCUAUCGUAUCUCUACCUCCGUAGCGACUAGAGUACGUAUUCUGCGUUCGGGGAAGAUAGUGUCACCACGGGUCUUAGAACCUCAAAUCACGUAUCAGCAAUGCUCGCAAUCUGUGUAAUGAUAUAUGG